AUGGCGGAAGAUCUGGUGCUCGACACAGCUAUAAGGGAUUGGGUCCUGGUACCUCUAUCGGUAGUGAUGGUACUCAUCGGUGUCCUCCGCUAUUUCGUUUCCAAGCUUUUGCGAUCCUCCCAGACCCCCGACGCUAAGGUAGUCAGAGAAGGGCAGUUGAUUCUUAGGGCAAGGAACCUCAGGGCAGCGGGGGGUUUUAUUCCUGUGAAGUCGUUCCGUGCUCGGAGAUUUUACUAUACCAACGAGGAAAAUGGGCUUUUACAUGUCCCAAAAGGCCAAGCUCAGAAUCCUCAAGCACAAAUGUUUUCCGAUCCGAACAUGGCAAUGGAUAUGAUGAAGAAGAACCUUUCGAUGAUCAUACCCCAGUCACUUACUUUUGCAUGGGUGAAUUUUUUCUUCUCUGGUUUUGUGGCAGCAAAAUUACCUUUCCCAUUGACUCCAAGAUUCAGAUCAAUGCUGCAAAAUGGGAUUGACCUGAGCACUGUAGAUGUGAGCUAUGUUAGUGGUCGCUCAUGGUAUUUCCUGAAUCUGUUUGGAUUGAGGGGCCUGUUCAGCCUAAUUCUAGGAGAAGAAAACGCUAUGGAUGAUACACAACGAAUGAUGCAGAUGGGUGGUGGGUUUGGUGUUGACCCCACAAAGAAUUUGGGUGCUGAGAAGGAUGGCAUUGACAUUAUUCAACAUGAAUGGACCCUCCCGAAAAUGGAGCAGAGGGCAGAAAUGGUCUUGAGAAAACUAGUUAAAUAAGCUUGCUUGUAACCUCAGAUAUAGUGACCG